AUGUCGACUGGUGUUGACAGUCGACAUACUCGAGGUACAUCGUCCUUUUCAGCGUCAGGUUCUAGACCUAGCAGGCGUUCGGUGUCGCACGCUUCCGAACCCGCGAUCCCCUUAGUCGCCUUGGACAAAUCGUUUGGCAGAUCUCGUCGCAGUUUCUCCCACAUGAUGAUGUCCCAAAGCCAGCGCUCCCGCUACCUGAAGACAGGUGCCAUCGUUAGUGCAGUGCUUCUUCUGUUGCUGUGGCUGUCGCCGUCCAAGCCCGCUGUGGGCAACUUCGGAUCUCAGCCACCAUUGAAUGGCGUCGCUCCCCUAACUGACAAGUGCACGAAACCUCAUGACCCCUCCAAGCCUCUGAUCCAGUAUGCGCUCAUGAUCGACGCUGGCAGUCAGGGCUCUCGCAUCCACGUCUACCGCUUCAACAACUGCGGCCCCACUCCCGAACUUGAGAACGAGGUCUUCGAGCAAACCGAGAAGAGACAGGGUGGCUCCGGACUGAGCGCCUACAAGGAAGAUGCCGAGGGAGCGGCCAAGAGUCUGGACCCUCUGAUGCAGGUGGCUCUCAAGUCCGUGCCCGCCGACUACCAGUCUUGCUCUCCCAUUGCCGUGAAGGCCACCGCUGGACUGCGUAUGCUUGGUCCCGAGAUGAGCCAGAGGAUCCUGGAGGCCGUGCGUACUCGCCUGGAAACCGUCUACCCCUUCCCCGUUGUCUCCCGCGAACAGGGUGGUGUGCAAAUCAUGGAUGGCAGUGACGAGGGUGUCUAUGCCUGGAUCACAACCAACUACCUCCUCGGUAAGAUCGGCGGUCCGGACGAGACCCCUACCGCUGCCAUUUUUGACCUGGGCGGUGGUUCCACUCAGAUCGUUUUCCAGCCCACGUUCCCCAAGAGCCCGUCGGGCGGUAUGCCCGAGCACUUGGCGGACGGUGACCACAAGUACUCGCUCCAAUUCGGCGGUCGUCACUUCGAUCUCUAUCAGCACUCUCAUUUGGGUUACGGAUUGAUGGCUGCUCGGGAUGCUGUACACAAGGCGAUUGUCGAUGCCAAGUUGGCCGCCAGCCCCGUUGAUAUGUCCUGGUUGAAGCAGCCGAUUUCCAAUCCCUGCAUUGGACCUGGUAUGGAGCGCGAUGUCGAGUUGACCUUCGACAAUGACCACCCGCUCGCGGGUAAGGUGACGGUGAAGAUGGUUGGCCCGAAGCAAGGCGCUUCUGCGGCACCUCAGUGCCGUGGCUUGACUGAGAAGAUCCUGAACAAGGAUGCUGACUGUAAGCUGGCGCCCUGCUCCUUCAACGGCGUUCACCAGCCUUCUCUGGAGAAGACGUUCGCCCGCGAAGAUGUGUACAUCUUCUCCUACUUCUACGACCGCACCAAGCCCUUGGGCAUGCCUGACUCCUUCACCUUGGACGAGCUGCACCAGCUCACGUCGACGGUCUGCGCGGGAGAGCCCGCAUGGAACAUCUUCGAGGGUGUCGAGGAUGCGCUGCCCCAGCUGCGCGAUCGCCCCGAGUGGUGCCUGGACUUGAACUUUAUGUUGGGUCUGUUGCACACGGGAUACGAAAUGCCGUUGUCGCGCGAGGUGAAGAUCGCGAAGAAGAUCAAGAACAACGAACUUGGCUGGUGCCUGGGUGCGAGUCUGCCCCUGCUGAGCCAGGAAUCCGGCUGGACAUGCCGGGUGAAGGAGGUUUCCUAG